AUGGAGGUGCUAGCGAAUGCAGCUGUGGCAGAGGUCUGUAAACUCGUAGACGACGACUAUGCAGUGUUUCGUUUGGAAAUAACUCAAAGCCAGAAAGAAAACAGGGCAUUGCGGAGGAAACUACAGCUACUGGAACUGAAGGUGGCACGGGAGCGCGCAGAGAGGACAACGCGAGACCGCGUGCUCGCCAGUGUCCCCAGUAGUGUCAAGACCCUCGACCGAUACAGAGGAUUGGCAAGAGGUGAAGGACAUCUCACUGGAGGCUACAGCAGCGUUGUGAAGCCAGCAGGACACAAUACAUGGAGAGAUGACCAACCAAUCACUGUUGAUGAGGAGAGUGGAACCUCAACCCAGCACGUUAUCGUGAUAGAGUCUGCAGAUACAGAGGUUGCAGGUCCUGGAGGAUCAUCUCUGGUCAAGCAGGAGAGAAAUGAAGAAGAUGACCCACAACACAGCAGAGGCAUCCAGACUGGAGCAGCGGCUGAAGUGGCGCCCCCUGUAGCCACGGAGGACCUCGCCAACGUGCCCCAGGCCAGGACCCGACGCAGCAUUACGGAGGAGAAGGGUCCAGAGGUGCUGCUGGUGAAGGAGGAGGGGUGUGAGGAGGGUCUGGGGAACACUGAGGGGGGGACCAUGGUCAUGGAAGAAAACCAGACUACACCUCAUGAACCCACAGAGGAACCAGUUGAGCAGCACAGGACCACACACAGUCUCACUGAGUCAGUAGACAUGGAGGAUGGAAAGCCUGAUCUGCUGCUAGUCAAAGAGGAGACAAUAGAAGACGGACCAGAGAGCAUUGAUCUGCUGAGUGGACUAAAGAUGGGGGAGCAAGGUGGUUGGCUGGAGUCUAACAGAGGAGACUGGGCGGCCAUCUUGGAUUCCCAGACUCAGACUGGUGCAGCCAACAGCCCGGGGGACGACAUCAACGAGCAGGCCAGGACCAGAGGAGACAUAGUGGAGGUCAGUGGAUGGGACAGUGUCCUCAACUCUGGGCUGUGGAACAACACUGUUAACCAGAAACCGACAGUGGAACACAAAACAACAACUGAACUUAGUCUCCAUGACAACAAACUGGCGGAGACCAGGUCGAGGAGUAGAUUUGAUCUGCGGGGACGAGGUGGUGUCCGUAUGCGGCGAGAGAGAACAGACACAGAUUCGGCUAGCGAUGCUCCGUCCUGCUCCUAUAGUUGUGAUUCAGAGAGACUGAUGGCGCCUCAGGUUAAUCCCCCAACAGGUGCUGCCUUCAGCCUGCCUUCUAUAGGAUAUAUCAACUGGAACAUGGACCCUGUGACAACACAGACACUCCCUGGUCUUCAUCCUCCUCACACUCUCCUUAUGUUAAACCAGACCUCAGACAAUGCCAGUGCCUCAACACUAAAUGGCUACACAAGCCCGUUGACAAAUAACAGUAGUAGAGACGGAAUCAGUAAAGGUGGCAGCGCCAAAGAGAAGCGCUUCCCGUGUUCGUUCUGUGGGAUAGCCUUCAGUUUCCCCAAACAGGUGGAGAUCCACCAGAGGGUGCACACGGGGGAGAAACAAUUCGCCUGCCACCUGUGCCGAGCCUGUUUUUCGCAUUCGUUCAGCCUGAAGAGACACCAGAGAGUUCACACAGGGGAGAAACCAUUUAGCUGUACCCAGUGUCACAUGCGCUUCGCCCAGGCUGGUGACCUGAAGAGGCACCAGAGGGUCCACACAGGAGAGAAACCCUACAGCUGCCCCCAGUGUGAGAAGAGGUUCACCCGCCAGGACCAGCUGAAAAUGCACCUGAAGGUCCACAUGGGAGAAAGGCCGUUCGCCUGUAUGCACUGCGGGAAGAGGUUCUCAGAGAGGAGCUUCCUCAGGAUACACCAGCAGAAAAACCAUUCCACUCGAUAGCUUCUGCUGUUUAGAUCAAACCCAGCAUUAAAGACAAAGAUUAAUUUUCAUUGUUGUCAGCAGAAAAGAUCCACAGAUGCAUUUGGAAUAACGAGUGUAACAGAUUUCAGGGUUGAAUAUUCCUGGGUAGAAUAUUGCAACCAGACAUUGUGUGAUAUAUAAGCAUAAAAAGUAUGUUACAUAGUGCUUGUACUGUGUAGGUUAUAUGAUGUUCACAAAUGCCUAUUUCAUUACUUUAUUUUUUACCCAAUAAACUUUUAAUGAGAAAUGAAUGCAGUUCAAGUAGAUUUUUUGUUGACAUAUAUAUGUGUGGUUUUCAUAUGGUGUAUUUAAAACUUUUGAUGUUUAAUAAACACAAUGGGACUUUUCAUUCUAAGACUUUCAUUGAGACUCCCUUUAAUAUGCACACCUGAUCUCAUCCUAUUCUGCACACACACCAGCGCUUUACCAUACACUUACUAAAUACCUACACAUACUACACACACGUCGAAAUAGUUUAGUUGCGUUUUUCUGAGGAAUUUUC